UGUAGCUUCUCUGAGUUUAUGAACAUUGGUAGUCGAAUUUACUGUGCGAUCCAGAGGGGUAGGGAGCGCCAGCAAAAAUCUUGCCUAGGGCGCCAAAUUGGUCAGGGCCGGCCCUGCGUACAGGUCCCCUGGGACACAGCUAAGGAGUCUCACCGCGUCCGCCAUCUUGUCGUCACGUGACAGCACUUGGACGUUGGAUGUCGUCCUACAAGCCGCAGCGAGACAUUAUAGGAGUCAGACGGUGGCGUUAAUGCACUGAAACAUAUUUUGAAUUUACUGAAUGAAAACAAGAAAAAGAGAAGUUUAAUCACAGUUUCUGUUACUUCUCGCCGGUAGUCAAAUAUGUUAAUAAACAUGUCGCCAAGCGGCUCCACUUUGGAAGAACAGCUUUCGUCCAUAAUGGACGUACUUGCGAAAGCGGCCGUAUCUGAAAUUAGCCAACUGUUCUCGGAAGGCUCGACUACCCUUCGCUUACAAAUAACUCAGAGCCUGAAAGAAAACGAAGCGCUGAGGACGAGGAUGAAGGUGAUGAGGAGUGAGCUGUUUUCUUUGCGGCUUCAAACGAGAUCAAAUUCAUCGCGUGCGGCAAGUCGUUUCGCCCUGGCUCGAGCCAACAUCUGCAAACCGAGGACUAAAUCACAGGGAAAUGUUCUAAAGCCCCUGAUGGACAACAAGGCGGUUGGAAUUUCCUCUUUUCAUUCCCCAUCCACAAGUGAGGCUUCCACCGUUACAAAUCCAGCAAAGGAGACCCCAGACAUAAUAUUUAUCAAGGAUGAGGAGGAUAUGGGUGGAUGCAGGCCCGCUGUAGAAGACUGCGAUGCCUUUGGAGACUGCAGCACGCAGCGUGGCGCUACCUCGGAGAGUCUGCAUGUGGACGCCCCUGGCUCCUCCCACAUGUCCAGUCACGACGGUGACCUGCGGAUCCUGAGCGUCCACGGACAAGUGGAGGGCCCACUGGCGUCGGACGGCAAUGACACCCUCUUCACUGCGUCAGAACUGGAGGCCCUGAGCUUGCUAUCCCCGGACCACAGCAUCACCCACGACAGCCUACUCAGCCUCAACAGCGGCUCCAGUGAGAGGGCCCCUUCGCAGGGGACGCAGGACAGCAGGGGAGGUCUCGUUAGAGACGGCUAUGCAGAACGGCUCCAGCGCCUCCAGGCCGCCUCUCUGUCCCUGAAGCACGCCGCGCUAGAGGCCGGCGACAAGGGAAGGCGAUUGGGCAACCUCGGUGCACAGUUCCCACUGCAACACAACUUGGACUCUGAGCGGUUCUUCAGCCAUAAGGAGCCAAUAGCGCACCAAACGCAGGAGCCACCUGCGAUGGCCAACAAGGCAAAGCUUACCAUGCAUAUGCGAAUCCACUCCGGCGAGAAGCCGUACGUGUGCGUCCAGUGCGGGAAGAGCUUCGCACAGAGCCGCAGCCUGAAGAUCCACAUGAGGACUCACUCCGGGGAGAAGCCUUGUGUGUGUCUGCAGUGCAACGCCCGCUUCAGUGACCCCAGCAAUUUGCGUCGCCACAUGGUCAAACACAAGGGUGCCCGCAAUUUUUCGGCUUGAGGUCUACCGUCAAAAUAAUCGACCUACAUUAAAAAAUGCUAAAUUUGUAUAUAUACUAAAUGCAAACUCUGAUGACUUGCACUGAAUGGAGUCAGCCAGGGUUGCAUAGUCCGGACAGUAGCUUCUGGUUGCUAGUCUCAAUCAGGCUUCCAAAUGCCAUCAGUCAUAGUGGAAUGGUAUUUAUACCUAAUAAUCUUCAUGUGGAAAAAGGCGGAUUGGCAUA